AUGUCUUAUCUGUGUUUGAACUACAUCACCCAGCUCCGCUCAGGGUCGCUCCUGACUCCUGUCCUCAGCUCAGGGCCGCUCCUGACUCCUGUCCUCAGCUCAGGGCCGCUCCUGACUCCUGUCCUCAGCUCAGGGCCGCUCCUGACUCCUGUCCUCAGCUCAGGGUCGCUCCUGACUCCUGUCCUCAGCUCAGGGUCGCUCCUGACUCCUGUCCUCAGCUCAGGGUCGCUCCUGACUCCUGUCCUCAGCUCAGCUCAGGUCGCUCCUGACUCCUGUCCUCAGCUCAGGGCCGCUCCUGACUCCUGUCCUCAGCUCAGGGUCGCUCCUGACUCCUGUCCUCAGCUCAGGGUCGCUCCUGACUCCUGUCCUCAGCUCAGGGUCGCUCCUGACUCCUGUCCUCAGCUCAGGGUCGCUCCUGACUCCUGUCCUCAGCUCAGGGCCGCUCCUGACUCCUGUCCUCAGCUCAGGGCCGCUCCUGACUCCUGUCCUCAGCUCAGGGUCGCUCCUGACUCCUGUCCUCAGCUCAGGGUCGCUCCUGACUCCUGUCCUCAGCUCAGGGUCGCUCCUGACUCCUGUCCUCAGCUCAGGGCCGCUCUCCUGACUCCUGUCCUCAGCUCAGGGCCGCUCCUGACUCCUGUCCUCAGCUCAGGGCCGCUCCUGACUCCUGUCCUCAGCUCAGGGUCGCUCCUGACUCCUGUCCUCAGCUCAGCUCAGGGCCGCUCUCCUGACUCCUGUCUUCAGCUCAGGGCCGCUCCUGACUCCUGUCUUCAGCUCAGGGCCGCUCCUGACUCCUGUCCUCAGCUCAGGUCGCUCCUGACUCCUGUCCUCAGCUCAGCUCAGGGCCGCUCUCCUGACUCCUGUCCUCAGCUCAGGGUCGCUCCUGACUCCUGUCCUCAGCUCAGGGCCGCUCUCCUGACUCCUGACUCCUGUCCUCAGCUCAGGGCCGCUCCUGACUCUUGUCCUCAGCUCAGGGUCGCUCCUGACUCCUGUCCUCAGCUCAGGGCCGCUCCUGACUCCUGUCCUCAGCUCAGGGUUGCUCCUGACUCCUGUCCUCAGCUCAGGGCCGCUCCUGACUCCUGUCCUCAGCUCCAGGGUCGCUCCUGA